AGAAUUAUAGAUAGAUAUAUUUUCAUUUGCUAGUUAAAUUCAAAGUGAACGUAGACUACGCGGAGCCACAGCAAAGUCCAGUGAACACUAGACGCAGACACCAUAACGACAAAAAAGCUUUAAGAAUCCGGAACGAUCAUCUUCUGAAUAUGAAUAAGGAAAGCUUGCGGAUCCGUGGGGGCAACACCACUGACACCAAGAACUACCCCUACGUAGCUGCCAUCAUCAUAAACGGAAGACUCUGGUGCGCUGGCGCUAUAGUUGAUGUGAACUGGGUGCUCACAGCUGCACAUUGUUUGAACUACGUGCUUCACGUAGCGCCAAUGAAAACCCUAGGAAAGUAUGUAAAAGUCCGUGUGGGUAGCGCGCACCCUCACGAGGGGGGAGAACUGGUCGACGUCGCCGGAGCUGUCAGACAUCCUAAAUUCGAAGAGGAGCCAGUGCCGCAUGCAGAUAUUGCACUGUUGAAACUAUCUGAGAACUUGGAAUUCCAGCAGCACAUCAAUUUGAUCAAGAUCUACGAUGGAAUGACGGAGCCUUACGCUCAGAGCUUCGUGGUCGUUGCUGGGUGGGGAGCUACACGAGGAUCAGACACAGCUUUUAGAGACCACACGCCGGAUCUGAUGUCUGCGCGGCUGAAAGUGCGUACGCGAGGUUACUGCAGUGACGCGUACCAACUUGUCAGCGGCUUCCAGUUCACGCCCGACUUCUUCUGCGCCUCCUUGCGGGAGGGCAUCAGAGAUGCGUGUUUGUUCGAUGCGGGCGCUCCCGCGGUACAAUACAACCGACUGAUGGGAGUGAUGAGCUUCGGGCCCGAGCGCUGCGGACAUCCCACUCAACCCGCUGUAUUUGUAAAGGCGUUUUACUUUAGGGACUUCGUAAAGCACACGAUAUCGUCCUACAAAACGACAGCAGAGUUGAUAGAAGCACUGAAGGACAUCGACCCCGUGGUUCGACCGCCGGUACACAUCAGAGACGAUGUCGAGCUUGUCCAGAACCCAGACGAAGUCACCGAACCAGAUUACAGACACGAUUAAUAAAUAAUAUAUUUCUUAAAAGAAUAUCUUUUUUUUAUUCUUUUACAAGUUAGCCCUUGACUACAAUCUCAUCUGAUGGUAAGUGAUGAUGUAAUCUAAGAUGAAAGCGGGCUAACUUGUUAGGAGGAGGAUGAAAAUCCACACCCCUUCCGGUUUCUACACAUCGUACCGAAACGCUAAAUCGCUUGGCGGUACGUCUUUGUCGGUUGGGUGGUUACUAGCCACGGCCGACACCAGCCAGACCUGGACCAAUUAGGAAAACCUCAAUCAGCCCAGCCGGGGAUCGAACCCAGAACCUCCGUCUUGUAUAUCACCCCGCACAUACCACUGCGCCACGGAGGCCGUCAAAUCUUUUUAUAUAAUUUAGUUGGACUAGUUUUGUACCGGCACCAUGUUGUAUACAAGCUACUUAUGUAACAUGAUGUUGCUUCUAAACGGCACAGUAAGCUGCUCUAUUACUAAGUAUACGGCAUCUAUUUUACGUAUGCUGCACCACAUCCUUUGUAACACCAUUAAACUCCUAGUAACAUGGUGUUGCUU